UGCAAAAUUAAGUCAGUUUCCAACAAUGCCUGUGUUACAACAAUCACCGAAAUCUGUAUUUUUAGUCAGACCAUCACAUUUUUGCUUUAACCAACAAACUGCAAUAACAAAUCAUUUUCAGAAUGCUAGUGCUACACACGGAGAUUGGAAGAAUUUGGCAUUGGUUGAAUUUGAUAAUUUGAUCCAGAAGCUUCAGGAUGCUGGAAUACUUGUUACAUUUUUUAAUGAUACAGAAUCUCCAAUUAAACCAGAUUCGAUAUUCCCUAACAACUGGAUCUCGUGUCACGAAACAGGGGAAAUUAUCCUCUACCCUAUGCUAACCCCUAACAGAAGAGAAGAGAGAAGGAUGGAUAUAGUUUCUAAUCUUCAGGACAAAUAUGGAUAUUCAAGAAUAUUGGAUCUGUCCCACUAUGAGAAGGAGAAUAUGUUUCUUGAAGGAACUGGAUCUGUUGUGUUUGAUCACAAAAACAGGAUUGCUUUUGCCUGCACAUCAGAGAGAACUCAUGAGACUGUUCUAAACGAUCUCUGCCAAUUUAUCAAUUAUAAUAAAUGCAUUUUCAGUGCAAAAGACGAGCAAGGUCGGGCUGUGUACCACACAAAUGUUGUUCUUUCAAUUUGCUCUGAAUUUGUUCUUGUGUCCCAGGAAGCAUUAGAUAAUAAUCCAGAAUUCAGACAAGUACUUCUUCAAACUAAUAGGAAAGUGAUUUCUCUUUUCAAUAAGCAAAUUAAAAACUUUGCGGCAAACUCCUUGGAAGUUCUAAACCAAGAUGGCCACCGGAAGUUGAUAAUUUCAACACGUGGUUGGGGCAGCCUUACUUUAGAGCAGCAGAAUAUAAUCCUAGCCUCAUGUGGGGUUAUUACAUCAAAUGUUGAGACUAUUGAGACUGUAGGAGGGGGAGGUAUUAGGUGUAUGUUAACUGGAUUAUAUUGAAUUAUCAUUUUGAAAAUAAGAUGUAGAAAAAUAUUUAAUAAAUAUACUUUUUAAAACCUG